UUGAGUUCAACUCGGCAGAAUAGAUGAUGGUACAAGCGCUGUGCACCAGCUCUUAUAUAGCCCGACAAUGGUAUGAAAGUAAACAGUACAGGCAAUAGUGAAAGGGUACUUACCCGCAAAAAAAAUAAGUGAAACGGUACAGUAACACGCGAGCACAGGAGCCAUUGGAUCCUCAUAGCCCAGAUGCUUCAUAACCGUUGGAUAACUGAACUUGGAUAGAGUCAUGUAACAGGUUCAGAACCCUGACAUCCGAUUCCGGCCACGACUCCGGUAUAUGGGAUUUCUGGACUGCUCGUCCGAGUCGAGUUCGGCUCCCACUUGUUUCAACCGCCAUGACCCUUGAGCUAUAUAAGCAGGCCCCGGUUCCGCUCUAGGAGCACAGCCUGCGACGUUCUCGCACUCAAUCAAAUUACUCAUCAGCGUCCAAGUUCGUCCGCUGGUGUACGCGCAGCUAGAGUAGACAUGGCCACCGCCGUGAACGAGCACGUCCUGCUCAGCCAUCCCGACAAGCUGGUCCUGCUCGCCGAGAUCCCGGCCGCAGACUCGUGCGGCUCGUCGUCACGUUCCGGCUGCUCGUCGAGCAAUGCAGCGACUACGGCGGCGGUCCCGUGGACGUCGACACGAUGGAGGACGUGUCCUGCCGCGUGCCGCUCCGCGACCUGGGCCGCCGGGGCGCCGCGGACCGGGUGUUCACAGACCUCGUGGCCAGGCUCGACAACCCGAUGAUACGCCCGGAGGUCGCGAUGGAGGCCAGGAGGGCGGCGGAGCGCGUCGGGGCGAGACGCGGCGCGCUCGACGAGCUCGGCGGCAUGGAGUUCCGCCUCCGCGUGGUGUUCGUCGACGAUGACGCGUCCGAGGAGCAGGCAGCGUCGGACGACGACGACGAUGAGAGCGGGAGCGACAUGGAGUUCGGGGAAUUCGACCUGAGCGGCGCGCGGAGCCUGCACGGCGAGCGGGCCGUCGCCGCGUACGAGGACGACGACGAUGACGAGGACGGCUGCGGCGCCCAGUUCACGGUGCGCCAGUACCGCGGCGCCCGCGCGGGGGAGGGAGCGAACCUGCUGCUGUCGGGCUUCGAGGCGCGCUCGGACGGCCCCGAGCUGACCGAGCAGCACGAGCUGACGUCGCAUGACAUGCACCGCCUCGUGCACCUGGCGCUGGAAGGGGGCGCGAGCAUGGAGGACGACGAGGCCUACCAGCGAGCGCUGGCCGGCGGCACGGCCGUGUCCCGGGCGUCGCGCGCCGCCAUGGUCGACCAGGCGCUGCAGUCCGCGAGCCAGCAGCAGCAAUCCAAGUCACCGAGCCCGAUCUUUCCGAUGCGUUCCGGAUUCUGAUGCCUGCCGGAUUGCAACAAACUUUUCCUUUUUACGCGUCUUUUGGUUGGAAAUCCCGACUUCUUUCGGGGAAGUUGGAAAUUGGAAUACUCUUUGUGUGUCUCGUGAAACCUAGCUGAAUCACAUUGUAACAGUAUGGCUCUAUCGAGUAAUGACGUUUUUUUAAGAGAGAGAGUUGAUUACUGAUGUUCUACCCGUUGAUGUUCAAUUAUUUUCUUUAUUUAUACAGGGGGAAAAAGCACUUGCUUCUUACUCCCUCCGUUCAUUAAUACUACUAGUGGACCCGUUGCGCCAAAUGGCGCAAAGACCUGAUGAUUC